AAUAGUGUCGUAGUGUCUCUGUUUGAUGUUUGAUUGUCUCCAAAAUUUAGCGAUCUAACAAACCGAAAGUACGAUGAUUGAGGUUCCCAAGUAAGUGCAGUGCAAUGGAUGAGUGGAAUAUUUUCUCGUCGGCUAAAAUAACCGAACUGGAAUUGCAAAGUCCGCCUUAUUGCACCGAGUACGACUACGAGAUUCUGCAAACGCUGAAACAAUGUGAAACCUGGCGCAAAAGGUUACAGUUCAUUUCCCCGCAGCUGGGCUGCCGCCGGUCGGUGGUCGAUCUCAUUCGCAAAAAAAGCCAACAAUAUGCCUACCGGCGGACGACUGUUCACCUGUCCAUCUUUCUGCUGGACGUGUUUAUGAGCCACCACUUCAUAAAAAAAGAUCUCGUGGAGCUGGUAGCGCUCUCCUGUUUUUAUGUCGCUUGUAAAGUCGAAGAAAAUUACCCGAAUGUUCCUUCGCUGAAAAAGUUAAACUCUUUCAGCACCCAAGAGUACAAACACGAUGAUUACACCACGCUGGAAGUGGCGAUAUUGAAUUUUUUCAACUGGCAUGUUACUAUCCCGACGGUGGCCACAUUCGUGGAGCUGUUUUCGUUGUACAUCAUCGACGAUGGCGACUUCGUUGAGGCGGCUAGCCAGACGAGUGGUUUGUUGGAUGAGAUGCGUGCCGGCUUGAUUCGCUCCUGCCUUGAUUACGCGGACCGUUCGCUGAACGACAAUCGGAAUGCUAACAUUAAGCCAUCGUUGCUGGCAGCUGCAUGUGUGGCGGCGGCACGCUACAUCACACCGAAUAUCCGUGCUUGGAGCGAUCGCCUAUCUCGUAUAACUGGCUACGAAUACGCGCAAGUUGAUGAUCUUUGCACUGAACUUUUGUCCGUCGCUACGCCCCCGCCAGAUGCCUCGUCCGCGCUGUCCGGCAGAAAACAUUCCAUUUGUGAUUCUGGGUACCUGAGCGAUUCGGAAGAGGCCACCGAGAGCGUCUGCAGCAAUGAAGACCCCGGUUCAAGUAGCGAUGCCGAGUACUUGAGUGAACCCCGGUCCAAAAAGCACAAGAUUUUCCAGUGAGUUUAAGUUAGAAUUGGAAAGCAGUUGUCCCCCGCUUAGCCGAUAUAUUCUCUGAUGUAAUACACUUGAAUUG